AUGAUGACACCGCCAUCACUACCACCACCGCCAAAGACCCAGACGGUUGACCCGAGUCAUACACUUGUUGAGUUCCGGUGUCCGAAAUAUUCAUGUCAUCAACCGAGCAAAUCAUCAUCAUCCCAGCAGUCCUUUGCUUCAAGGACAUGGGCAUACCUCAAUGAGGAUGUCGUGCCUUCAACCUUUGCUGAGAUUCAACUUCUUCUUUUGACAUUUUGCAUUGGGUUACAAGACGCAGUCUCCUUCCCCGACUUCCACUGCUUCGCCUCCAACCAAACCGGCAACACCGUCUUCCUCCUCCUCGCCGCCGCCCUCCCCGAAUUCAACCCUUCCAUGUUCAUCACCGCCAACAUCGCCACCUCCCUCGGCUUUUUCUUGGGGAGCGCCUACCUCACCGGCCAACUGGGGCACUUGAUCGGCCCCCGCCGGCGCUUGUGGCUUCUAGUCACCAACACAAUCCAAACCAUCCUCGUCUUCAUCGCCGCCGCCCUCCAGUUUGGUAGCUACCACACCAACACCCCCGGCAAGCUGCUCUUCGAGUCAGGCAGCAUCGAUACCAUGGAGGCCGUCACGGGUACUAGGACUCUAGUGUGUAUUGCCCUCUUGGCGUCCGCGGCGGGGAGUCAGGUGGUGCUGAGCAGGAGUCUGAACAUGACGGAGAUUAGCACCGCUAUGGCGACGGCGGCGUGGGUGGAUUUGGUUAUUGACAAGCGCUUGAUGAGCAGGCCGCUGAAGGAGAAUAGGGGGAGGAAUAGACGGGUUGCGUUUUUGGUGAGUUUGGCGGUGGGCAGUUUGGUAGGAGCGUGUAUUUAUCGGUGGGUGGGGAGUGCGGUUGCGGUGACGGUGAGUGGAGGGGGGAAGGCGGUGGUGGGUGGGAUGUUUUUGUUUUCGAGGGGGGAGGGGAAGGAAAAGGUGGGGGAUGUUGAGGGUGGAAAGUUCCUGAGUGAUGCCUGUGGUGAUGAGAAAAAGAGUGGCAAAGAAUGUGUGGAUGGGAAGGAGGCAGAGGGGGGUGGGAGUGGGAGUGACUCGGAGGCUGAGAUGGGUCCGGCCAGUGGAAGGGCGGAUGGAAAUGUAUAA